GUGUCGUCUGAGCCCACAGCGAACAUGGCUACUACAGUCGGGAUGAGGACGUGGUGCUGUCCGACGAGAGGAGUUUUCUGUCCAUGGGGAGUGCUCCUCGUAUUUUUACUCGGUACCAUAAAUGCGGUUGUUGCAGCUCCGGAGACAGGACUAUGGAGAAUCACAGUUGUAAAUACCUCAAGACCACUGCUGUUAAGGAAAUCCAUGUAUAAAGACACUGACAUUGAAUUGAAAGUUGUGUCUUUUGGCUGUCCUGAGGAGGUGACCUUCACCAUUCACUGGUUUUUGAAAUACCACCCAUGUCACAAUGCAUUCAACAACAUUGAAGAAAUGUACGAUAGAACACCUCUGAGUCGUGGGGACAGCCUGGAUCCAAAUCCCCUCGGACAAGGAGAGUACAUCGAACACAAACACAGUCCGAUAACAUGUAACAGUGGCCUGCGCUCUUUCCCAAUGCUCAAAAAAGCCAAGGCAGAUCCACAUCCAGUCUCUCCACCUGCCAAGGACAAAGUGCCAGACGAAAAUGACACCAGAUGGAUUACUGAGGAGUAUGACAGCAGCAGCACCAUGAAGAACAGCAGUGUGAAUAUCAAAGACAACAUCAUAGCCACCACGUGGAAGGACGGGCCUUACCUGCUGGUUGUUAAGAUUGUGUCCAGUAAACAGGAUGCCAAAUGGAAUUUAACAGUUAAUGUGGUGAUGAGAGGCAGCCAUGGCUACAUUUCUAUCACAGAAUGGCCUCUAAUGAUUUUCUACAUGGUGAUGUGCAUAAUGUACAUCCUGUACGCCCUGCUGUGGUUUGUCUGGGCAGCGUGCUACUGGAAGGAUCUGCUGAGGAUCCAGUUCUGGAUAGCAGGGGUCAUAUUCCUUGGGAUGGUGGAGAAGGCCGUCUUCUGCGCCGAAUAUGAAAACACCAAUGCUGUCGGCUCUGCUACUUCAGGCUUAUUGAUCUUUGCCGAGCUGGUCUCUGCCCUCAAGAGAACUUUGGCUCGAUUGCUCGUCAUCAUCGUCAGUCUUGGCUAUGGCAUUGUAAAGCCUCGACUCGGGACAGUAAUGCACAGAGUUGUUGGGCUCGGUAUCCUGUACUUUGCCUUUGCUAGCAUUGAAGGUGUCCUGAGGAUUACUGGGGCGAAAGACUCUGACUUGGCCCUGCUGGCCAACAUUCCCCUGGCUCUGCUUGACUCCUCUCUGUGCUGGUGGAUCUUUGUCAGCCUGGCACAAACUAUCAAGACUCUGAAGCUGAGGAGAAACCCUGUCAAGUUGUCACUCUACAGGCACUUUACAAACACACUGAUAUUUGCUGUGAUUGCUUCCAUAAUUUUCAUGGGUUGGACAGCAAAAAAAUUUCGGCUAGCAGAUUGCCAGUCUGAUUGGAUUGAGCUGUGGGUGGAAGAUGCUUUUUGGAGGUUCUUGUUCUCCCUAAUUCUGCUCGUCAUAAUGUUUUUAUGGAGACCGUCUGCAAACAACCAAAGGUAUGCUUUCACACCUUUGAUCGAUGACUCUGACGAUGAGAUCGAGGAGUUCAUUGCCUCUUCAAACAUUGCUGAUGGCAUAAAGUUGAGAGCGACUAAAAGUGAGACAAAUGGCACAGUGAAGCCUGCAGAAACUAACCCAUUUGUACUUGUCCAGGAUGAAGACUUGAAAUGGGUGGAGGAUAACAUUCCUAGCUCUCUGACUGAUGUAGCUCUACCAGUCCUGCUUGACUCAGAUGAGGAAAUCAUGACGACAAAGUACGAAAUGUCAAAGCUGGAGUGAGGCAAAGCAUUUCCAGCCUUCAGCUGACACGGAGGGAUAACACAGCAGCUAUCCCUGACUCUGCAGCAGGGUUUUCUCCAGGAUUUCCAGUCGGGUGGUGGUGGAGUGCCAUUUAGGUUUUCAGGGGAUCCUCCUGAAUGUGUCCUGCUUCGCAGGGUGGUGCAGGUCACAAUUUAGGAAGACCUCUGCUCAUUUCCUCAACUUCUGGAGAACAAAGAACUACCAGAGGAAGACUGUCUUUUCACUGACCAACUGGUUCACUACUUCCCUGAUAAGAUCAGUUUUGAGCCUUUCUUUCCAAAGAGAAUGUUUCAUUUUAUAUUAAGUGCUGUAUUUAUUUCUGUUAAGUUGAUGUGAUUUUAUUUUAUCAGAGAAUUCAAAACAGUGGGCCUCAUGCAUGAACAUAUUUGAAAUCUACAUUAAGUGUCUUUUUGAGGGUAUCUACACAUUAUUAGUUGGUGGUAAUAAAAUACGAUGCUUAUUUAUGAUGUGGAAAAAUAAUUAAAAGGCCUUUUUUUUCAGCAGUAAUUAACUAUAGGAGUGAUUUAUCUAAGCUAUUUUUGCAUCCAGAGGAGAGUUUGACUGAUUAAUAUCAAACAGGAUUUUUCUUUAUAUAUAAAUAUAAAAUUGUUAAGUUUGCAAAAGUUAGGGAUUUCAGUAAAUGGUGUGUAUUUUUCAUGUGACUGUGAGUGUAUGAAGUCCCCUUUUUUUGUUGCCAGCAUUUAAAUUCUGAGACGAGAAAAUUCUGAAAAUUAAAUUGCUGUAACUUUGAAUAAAACAUUUGCUCUUAUGCACUUUGAAGAUCAAAACUGUGCCUACAUGAAGUUCUUGUAUGAGGCCUAAUCUGUUCAGGAAACUGAGAAUAAUAUGUAUAAAAGUGUUGUUCAUGUCUCAGAUCGAAUAUACCCAGCAUCCUCUGUAUUGUUGCGUGAAUGCUUGUGAGAGGGACGAAGCACAAACAAGUAACUUGUACAGUUUGAAUGAAAUGUUGCUGGGUUCAGUGUAGUGUAGUGUAGAGUUAUGGUUUGCAGUCAUGUUUCUACUUUAUGUGUGUGGGUGGCCAGGUUUUGUGUCUUCUGAAGUAAGGAGCAAUGUACUGUAUGUAUGUUGAUAUGGAGUGUAAUAAUCUCAUUAUUUAUUUGCGUUUCAAGUGUACUUAUAACUUGUUAAAGUGUGUUCACCAUGUUUAUUCUAAGUGUGUUUACGAUGUGUGCUUCUAUUGUUUCAAUGACUUGGAUCCUGAACAAUCUCACAAUGUGUUAGGCAAACAGCAGACUGCAGCUUGUUUCAUAUUUCUUUGCAAUGUUUGCUUUCUUUGCCGAUAAAAUAAUUUUGUUGGUUUCUCAGUAACCUUGAUAACAUUAAUUUUCUUUCAACUAAGUCUUAAGAUGUUAAUUUUUUGUGGUUAUUUUUUGAAAAUGGCUGGCAUGGUUUUUUUCUCUUUGUCAGUGUAGUUUUGGAGUUGGAACUCGUCGUCUUCAUAUUUCUUGUCUUGAGUAAAUCCUGUCUGUUUAGGCCAUGCCAUAUUAUGACAGACUAGAAGAGUAAUGUGGUUAGCACAAGCACAAGCUGAUCAUCUGAAUGAGUUUAUGAUGUCACUGUUUUAUUUCUUUUUUUUUUUUUUUUUUGAAACAUGGAAUAGUUGUGCUUAUGGUGGCAAGCUGUCCCUCUGUUAUAUAAAACUGCAGCCACCUGCAGUGGACCUUUAUUAUUUGUACAGAUGGGUUGUGGCUUAUUCCUGUUAUUUCAUAAUUCCACUGGUGGUGAGGUAUCUGGAUAAUAUGACUCCGCUCUUUCUUUUUCAUGGGUGUCAUGAAGAACUAGGCUUGAACUUUUCAUACCAGCAGUUUUCCUCUCUCUUCCUUCUCAGGAAGUGUGUACACGCAGAUUAAAUAUGAAUUGAAUACAGGAGAAUAUUUGUUUCCGUAUCUGAAUUUCAGAAUUAAUUUGGCAAUAAAAAUACAUAUUUUACUAUGCGGUUAAAAUCUGUUUUUAAAGCUGUCUUGCAAAUACCAGGUUCAUGAGAAAAUAGAAAAAACAGUCGAAUGAAUGGACUAUUGUGAGAAAAAUUAUGAUGUAUGAUAAUGAAACAAAGAUUGAAACACUAAGAGGAAAGUUUGAAUGAAGCCCAGUUACAGUAAAUAUAAACCCUGAAUAUUUUUGCCAAACCAUUAGCCCUUAAUAGGCUUGUGACUGGGAGGGCUUAUCCUUUAAAAUGGACAUCACUCUGUUCCAGGUACUGGGCUGAAACACCAGUUUCAGAAUUUGUACCCUUCUCCACGAAAGAAGAAAGACUUUGAAAUGUGCAAACAUUAAGAGCCCAUAUACUUUUACUGCAACUAUACAAUUAUGAAAUCACAAAUAAAACCAACCCAAUCUCUUUGUGGGGACAAACAGAAAAACGUGGCCUCAUUUCGAGAAAAGCCACGUGGCACCGGGAGCCGCAGAGGCUCGGUUCCUCUUUGACAGUUUUACUUAUGAGCAACCUGCUACAUGAAUUUAUCUGGUUUUUACAACUGUUCUCUUGUUGCUGACACUAAGACUGCAUCAAAUCGUAGGAUAUUUGUAUCAAAUAUACAUAUGCCAUUAUUAUGGCCUGUAAUAGCAGGUUAUAGGGCACUUCAAAGUCAGAGACAAAAGCAGAGGGGGCUUCAUUCUGCUUUCCUAUUACUCUCACAUAUUUCUGGACCUCUUCCAAACAUUUAUCCCACAUGAAAGAUGAUGCAUAGACGACUUCUCCCCUUUCCGGCAUAAUAAAAGUAGAGCAAAAUUCCUCCACAGUGCCUUUCAUUCUGGGCGAACCCACCAGCAACACACGUGCCUCUUUUCGGUUUUGAUGGAGAUCCAUAGAUUUAAAAUGUUUCUGCUGUUUCACUUCACAACGAUUUAUGGUUUUGUGCUUGAAUGGGCAAAGUUAAGAGAUGUUUUAGGAGGCAACUGAGUAUACUGCAGCUCAACAUUUUACUGCCCCUGGUAUUUCAAAAGUUUCCGAUGUGGAGAUUUUUUCCUCCUUUUUGUGAAAAGGUGCUUGUGCUUUUUGCGGGUGGCACGUAACCAGGAGCUUUAACUACACUAUUAUACACACUAUAGACGUGCAGCUAUACCAGACUUCCUCACUUGCCAGAGUUCUGCUGUAUUUGUGCCCAUUUCGAACAGCAGUUCAGCCUUGACAAUUAACAAGGCACGGGAAAGACAUUACAGACUUCGUCAAACUGAUAUUUACCGCACUGUAUCUUUGCGUGUACCUACUGUAUGUGUGUCCACCCCUGAUGGAUGGUGCACUAAAGUCACCAUGAGCACGGAGAGGGAGACUAGACAGAAGUAAAGUCAUCAUGUUUCUGUGACUCUGACAUAAACGAGUGUAAACCACACUGUGCUGGCUUUGCCUCAAGGCCCUCACUGUAUAUUUUUAUCAUUACUCUCCCACAAAUGGCUUGUGUUAUGUAGCUCAGUGCUCUCCAAUUGUCUCUGGCAAUAUCCUUCUGCCUGAGAAUGGAUGAAACGUGAACAUCAAACAGCCCGAGCACAGGCCUGAAACAAAGGCUGCAAUGUGAGCGCUCCUGGUCUGGUUACUGAAGGAAAUUAGGCCUGCCAUUAAGGCACGUUGUCAUUUUCAAAGCAAUGUGUGCCGUCAUAGCAUGUGUUUUGAUCCUCACCAUCCACUCCCUCCUGAAAGCAUGCAGCUCUUCUGGCCCCUUCUAUUGCAAUGUAAACCGGUGGAUGGUGACAGGAGAGGAG